UGGCCUUAGGUGUGUAGAGUCUGCUGUUUGUAGAUUACUCCUCACACACCUGUUGCUGCUGUGUGAGAGGAACGUGGGGCAGGUUGUGCCCGAGCUGUAGCCAUGCAUAUCUGCAUCCCUGUCACAGAGGAGCUCCAGGACACCCUUGGGUGCCGCUUUGUGCUCUAUUCUGUGUACCUGGAAGGUUUCCUCCUGUUUAAAGUACGAUACAAAGACCUGCACCUAUGGAAUGAACAGAUUCAUCGAGUGUUUGGAAAUGGACUGCCAAAAUUCCCUCCGAAACAUUAUUUAGCUAUGACCAAGAAUAUGGCUAAUGAAAGAAGACUGCAGCUCGAGCAGUAUCUACAACAAAUUGUUACAGAUCCAGUGGUUACCAGCAGUGACAUUUUCAUGGAUUAUUUCAGGAAAUUACAAAUGGACACAUUUAAUAUGCCCACAGUAAAGCUUAUCCUACGAGUAUACGUGCCAGAUGGAGCAGCAGUUGAAUUAGAUGUUCGGACUUCAGACAGUGCUGAGAGAGUGCUUGAGGCUGCAUUGUUCAGAUUAGGUGUCUCAAGAGAGCUGGCCGAAUAUUUCAGCUUAUUUAUCACACACAAAGAAGCAAAGGGCCCUUUUACAGUCGUAAAACGAAUUGCAGCAUUUGAACUUCCCUUCCUAACAAUAUGGAACCUAGAGGAUGAUCAGUUCCAGAUUGAAGUCAGAAAGUGGUAUAUCAACCCCUCAAAUGAUGUUAUGCUAAUGGGCAGUACUGAAGCUAUUGAUAUACUUUACCUGCAGGCUGUGCAAGAGUUUCAGAUGGACUGGACCAGGCCAACAAAGGACCAAGAACAGAAACUGCAGCACUGUUUAAAAGAAGAAAACAAAUUAAAGUUUUUGGAGCUAAUGAAGACGGUGGAAUAUUAUGGAUACUUACAAAUUGCCUCUUGUGCCAGUGACUACCCAGAAUGUGAUUCUGAAGUCAACGUAUGGGUGGGGAAUAAUGAAAUGAGUUGCCACUUUCACUCUCCCGGUGGCCAUACUGAACAUUUAAGAUUAAACAUCAGGGAUCUAAUUUGCUGGAAUGUCAGCCUACUUCCCAAGAAGCAAGAAGUCAUGUCUCCCAAUCACCAGCACUUGGAGUUCAAGUUUGAAUACCAGCAGGGGUCUUCAUUGAAAUGCAUCACCAUACGUACGGAACAGGCCUUCCUACUUAGCAGUUGCUUAAAAAAGAUGUUAUCUGAGUACCCUGUCCAUCGAUCCAAGGAGGAGCUGGAAAUUCAGGUCGACCGAGCACAAGCAACAUACAAGUUUAACAUAAGGCCUGUACAGAAUGGAGUGCAUACUAAAAAGCAGACAUUAUUAAAGGACAAGGCAGAAUAUUGUCUGAUAGAUGAUAUUUCUGAUCUGAAUCUGUAAAUAUUACUGUGACACACUUCAGUUGCUGCCUCCUGAUCUGUACAUCUCCAGUCUGCCCCCCAGUGGUCUGUGGAGUUCUUGCCUGCCUUAUAUUUCCUUAUGUAAUUACUUCAUAUGGUUGCAAAUAUGUUUUUGUUCUUUUUCUGUCUGACAAAAAAAAAUAUUCAAAGUAUAUUCAUGUUUCUAAAUAGGAGUUUCUCUGUUUCACAGGGGACCCCAUAUGUUGUCACUAUUUUGUCAUAAUAUUCAUUUAGAACAGGUUAUUCAUCUUAUUUUGAUUACAUUUUUUAUUAUAAUUACAUUAUUAUUACUACAUUAUCAUGAGGACCCAAUCUUAAAAGCAUGAUGACCCGCUGUGAGUUAAAAAUCCCUGCUAUAAGUAUAUAGUUCCCUUCUAUACAGUGUUUAUUGUACCUGUAAUAAAAUGUUUUGUAAGCAA